CGGAAGCUCAUUGGCCUUUGUGGAAAGGGCGGGAAAGGGAGCGAGCACUGGGUCUUCCCUCAGGCCUCUGGUGCGGAGCCCACUGAUUCCGACCUGCCGAAGGCUGAGAACCAUGGAUCCCAAUGAAAUGCCUGCUGUGCACUGCUGCCCCUCUGACUCCACCAAAGGGCUUGGGACUGGAUUCCCAUGGGGGAUUAAAAUUGUUCCCAGAAGAGCUAUAAUUCUCUGUGCCCGCUGCCACAACCAUGGCAUCACUGACCAAAUCAAGGACCAUGAGCACUGCUGCCUCUUCCAGACCUGCAAGUGUCACAAGUGUGUCCGCUUCUCGCAACACUGCACGGUCUCGCCUGCUGAGAGUGCCUUGAAGAGGGAGCAGAGGGUACACCUAAAGAGGCACCUGGCUCAAGGACUGAUAAGGAGUGGGGCCGCCCCUCCCAAAGCUCACCGCCGUGUCGAGAAGUUGGCCAUCCAAGGAGGAGUCCCCAGCAAGCUCCCAAGGGACUCUGCUGAUUGGUCAGGCCCCAGAAUUUUUGUCUCUAUCCUGGACUCCAGCACCCUUGAAGAAGCAACUAACAAUUUCACUUUCCAGGGAGCCCCACAGGCUCCCUACUCUGCCCAGCACGCACCCAAAGCUUCUGACCGGGACCUGGGUCCUGCCUCCUCAGAGUGGCAGCGGAAGCUGGAGGCGGCCGAGGCUCUGCUGACUCUCAGAUACUCUUCCCAGGCCCCUUCUGGCUCCACCUCCCUGCUGCAGCCCUGUGCUGCACCAGGCUUAAUCCCCACGCAAGGCAAUUGCAUCAAGGAGCGAGAGGUCUGGGGCUUUCUGUGCAAGUUGGAACUUUCUGCAAAGCCCAACAUGGAGCGCUUUCUCUUCAGGAAACCCUGGAAAAUCAUCUCUAGAGAUUUUGUGGAGAAGCAGUACCCAGAAUAUAGGCGAGUGCCCCAAGGCAACUCCAAAGAGCAUGACUUCCUGUGGUGUCUCCAAGCCUUCCUAGAAACUGUCAAAAUGAAAGUCCUGAAGUUUGUGAGCAAAAUUCACAGGAAAGAUCCCACAGCUUUCCCUCUCCAGUUUGAUGAGACCAGACAGUUUGAGGAGGUGAGAGCCAGAGCCAAUGCCUGUGCCGGUGCUAGUUGUUCCUUUUCUGGCCCCUAA